GGGUCUUUGAUAUCCUGGAAUGAGAGGAACAAAAGACCCCUCACAGCACCCCUUGAUUCCUGAGAAACCUCGAGGAUUUUUUGACCAUUCUUUAAACUGUAUAAGCUCAAAUCUAACUGAGAGAAGAUUUCAAGGUACUUGUCCACCAAUUGGCCGUGGCAGUUUUGGAAAACCCUUCUUUGGUACAAACUGUUUCAGUUCCCCAUUCAUACAUUCCCGGACUGGCUUCCACACAAUCCAUUCUGAGAAUAGCCCAGUAAAGCCAAGGAUUGUCACUGUGGUAAAACCCUGUGGACACACAGUGAGGAAGAUCACCUUGCUUCUAAAUCGGCGGUCUGUUCAGACAUUUGAGCAACUAAUUGCUGACAUCUCUGAAGCCCUGGGAUUUCCUCGUUGGAAGAAUGACCGUGUGCGAAAACUAUAUAAUUUGAAAGGAAAGGAAAUUCGAAGUGUGUCUGAAUUUUUUAGAGAAGGAGAUGCAUUUAUAGCUAUGGGAAAGGAACAGCUAACACUGAAGACCCUUGAAGUGGCAGUCCAAGAACUUUUUCCUGAGAAUCCAUAUGCUCCAGUUACUGGAACAACACAAAACUGGGAACAGCCUCCAAAACCCAAGAACAGACUCCAUGAAAAGCCUGCCAAGACAGAAAACAGCCUUGAACCUAUAGCUGCUAAGAAUUGCAUUGAUCCCCAGUCUCCUAAAGUAAUUAACAGGCAUGAUGUAAAAGCUCAGACCAAGGUCAAACAAGAGGAAAAGGUAAAGACCAAAAAGAAAUGGGGCAGAGAUAACUGGAAUGGGGAGCAAGAGGUGAAGCUUUCCAGAAAAGCUAGGGAAGUUGAGCGAUAUUUUAGCCAAGAGAAAUGUUCUGAAAGUGGAGUAGAAAAGAGUUCAGAAAUGAUUGUCAGAUGUGAGAAAUGCCAAAGAGAGAGACAACUCAGGCAAAAAGUGCAGAAGGAGACACAAGCGCCUCUUCCAUUUGAGAGCAGAGACUUGAAUAUGAGAGUGUGCCAGAGAUAUAAUGUGGAAAGGCCUCCAAAACUAAGAAAUUGCAGGAAAUUUUCAGACAGCUCAGUGGGAGACAUUGAAUAUUCAUGGAAUGAUGCUGGUUUUCAGAAUAGCUGGACAACCUCCCAAGGCCAUCUGAAUAAAGAUCCCGAGAAGCAAAAAGGUAAUGUCGACAGAGAGCAAACUCUAGAAAGUAAUGACAAUCAUGAUGAAGAACUGGGAAAGGCUACGACAAAGCCCAUAGAAAGUCAGCGAACCAUCGUGGGAGAUGCCUAUGAACUAAAAAAGGAACACAGAAAAUGUUCUAGAGUGAAUCAGAGCUGUUGGUUGAUCAAGGGCUCUCAGGUGGAUGCAGAGAAACCAUCUAUAAUUCAGGGGAAGAGAGAAGAGGUAAGAAAAUCGAAGGAUAAAACUAUUGGAGAAGAAAAAGUGGGUCGUGGUAAGAGUGAGCUGAUCAGACGUGAACGGGAUGAAGAACAUAAAAUUAACAAAGAGGCAAAUAAGGCACGUAGGGCCAGUGAUACAAAGCUGAGGCACGAUGUCUAUAGCAGAACAGAUGUGGAGAAGUGCUAUGAAAUCGGCAGAACUAUUGGAGAUGGGAACUUUGCUGUUGUGAUGGAGUGCCACCACCGUAGCUCUAAUCAGACAUAUGCUAUGAAAAUUGUUGAUAAAUCCAAAUUGAAAGGAAAGGAAGACAUGCUAGAAAAUGAAAUCUUGAUCAUCAAGAGCCUUUCUCAUCCCAACAUUGUUAGCUUGAUUGAAGUAUUUGAAACAGAUGCAGAAAUAUAUCUAAUCCUGGAGUAUGUUCCUGGUGGGGAUCUAUUUGAUGCCAUUAUAGAGAGUGUGAAAUUCACAGAACAUGAUGCCGCUCAUAUGAUAACCGAUCUGUGCAAGGCUCUGGUUUAUAUUCACAGCAAGAACAUUGUUCAUAGAGAUCUCAAGCCAGAAAAUCUUUUGGUCCAACGUAAUACAGAUAAAACAACCACGCUCAAACUAGCAGAUUUUGGCCUUGCAAAGAGGGUGACAAAACCCAUAUUCACUGUGUGUGGAACUCCAACUUAUGUUGCCCCUGAAAUACUUGCUGAGAAUGGCUAUGGACUUGAAGUGGACAUGUGGGCUACUGGUGUAAUACUCUAUAUUUUGCUUUGUGGCUUCCCCCCCUUCCGAAGUCAUGAACGAGAUCAAGAGGAGCUCUUUCAAAUCAUACAACUUGGCCAUUAUGAAUUUCUUUCACCAUACUGGGACAAUAUUUCAUCUGCUGCAAAAGAUCUCAUCAGCAGACUCUUAGUGGUUGAUCCCAAAAAGCGAUGCACCGCUCAGCAGGUUCUCCAGCAUCUGUGGAUCCACACUGUUGGAAAAAAUAGCAGCAGAAACUUACAAAGGGAGGUGACUGUCAAUCUUGAGCGCCAUUUUCGGAGCCAGCGCAAGGUGGAAGCUACUACUGAAGACUCAUAAAGACCACAGCUAAAUGUACAUACUGUACUUUGGUGUGGGUCCCCAAGGGAAGUGCAGUGAUUGUGUUUUGUUCAGAUAUACCAUCUUCUCUCAAAACCUGAAUGUAGCUUAUUUGGAACUGAAGCUGGCUUUGCACAGCACUGGUGGAUUGACCUUCCGUGAUGUCAUGUGGCCAUAUCCUCUUCCUACGAAGCUGUUUUUUUCUACUUAAAAAUAUUUUAAAGAGAAAAAAUGCAGUUUUCAGCAUUAAAAAUGUGGGACUGUCAAGAAUGAACUGGUGUUUACUGAUUAGUACAUCUGUCCUUGGCUAUCUAACUAAGAAAAAAAAAACAAGAGGUGGUCAGCUGUAGAAAUAUACUCUGUCUGUCUCUUACUUGGUGUUAAAUGGUUUUUUUUAAAAAAAGUAUCCUUGUAUCUUACACUUUUCUUUAGAAGUUAGGACAUCACAAUUUGAUUUGAUGGUGUGUUUUAAAGUAACUCUGAAGUAUCUCAGCAAAUACAGCCCACACAGAUGUUGUCUAUCUGCUACUUAAAUAGUUAAGAUUUAUCCUAUGUGCAAUCUUGCCUUGUACAUUCUCUAUUUUUUAUGCAUGGGCCAGGAUCCAAAGAGCUAGUUUAGCUGUGCCCAUGGGCUCAGGUAUGGGAAUGCCCAAUGGGAUUUUUGACAUGAAACAGUAAACGUAGACACAUCCAUUUGAAAGUCUUCUCAGUUUCACAUGUAGCAUGCCAUGUGGCAUGGGUUGUUGCUGAAGAACCUAGUAGCCCUGAUAGCAUACAGAGAUAUCUGUGAGUUCUUUGAGUCCAAGCUACUGAAUUCAGCCUGGGUGUUAGUACUUUUGGUUGUUGUGGGUUUUUCGGAGCUCUUUGGCCGUGUUCUUAAGCCUG